CGCGUGGGUCCAAACAUUUGGUCGCGGACAUUUGUUCGUACAAGACACAACUACACAUACAUGCUGUUUGCAGACAGAGGAGGUUUGAGACAGUGACACAGGAGACUUCAGUCUCUCCUCCCGUCAGGAAGCCAGCCUUGCAGCCCUGCCCUCAGCAGCAUGGACUAUUACACGCCGCAGCCAAGUCGACGACACAACCCAGUGGACAGCAUCUGCCGCAAGCUGCAGACCAUUCAGUGGCGUGGUGACCGAGAGCCCAAUACACCCUUCCAGAUUCCCAAGCUCUCCUCGAGCAGCUACGACAGCCCCCAGUCUGGCCUCAGGCACAACCUGGAAGCCAUCCUGAAGAAGAGCGCCCUCUACAGAGACGAGGGGGAGAGGGGGAAGGAGAAGGUAAAGGAGAAAGUAAAGGAGCAGGGGAGUGGGAUGCCGAUCUCUGCAUCUUCCCAGAAUAGCAGCAUGGGUCCCGCUGUCCCUCUGUCAACACCUUCCACCCCUGCAGUCAACCCACCAGCACCGGCUAACAUCACGUACACUAUCACCAGCACUCUGGGAGAGAGGCGAGGAGCCGAUGGGAGCAGUUUAAGACAAGUUAAGACGUGGGAGAAGCAUUGUUCAACGCCCACAGGCCAACCCAAGGAAUCCCCUUACUUCACUUUCACACGAGGACCUCGGCCCGUGCAGCCGGAGAGCGAGAGGCCGAGCAGCAGCAGCAGCCCGCCUCUGUCUCGCACCUUCAGGCCGAGUCUCGACACCCUCUCCUACAACCUCAACUUCUGCUCUGCGGAGACGACGGACUCCCCAGAGCUGUCCUACCCGGCUCUGGUGGUGAAACGACUGUCCAUGGGAGAUGGAGUGGCCUCUGAGAACUACAGGAAGGAGAAUAUGGCAGAAAUCAGCCUCAUCUGCGAGGAGAAUCUGCUUGAUACCAUCUUCCAUGCUUGUGACACGCAGCGUCGAGGUAAAGUGUUCGUGUCCCACAUUGUGGACUACCUGCGGCACACCACCAGCCGAAGCUCACAAGACAGCGGCCUGGAGGAGCUCUGCAACAUGCUGGAUCCGGAACAGAAAGACGUCUCCAUUGACCUGGACACCUACCAUGCGGUCAUGAAGGAGUGGAUCGACGACUGCAGGAACAACGGGGAAGAACCGAUAAACAACCUCACUCAAGACUCGGUCAAAGUCAUCGACAGCCUGUCUGCCAAGAGGUCAGUGCUGCUCAAUAUGACCUCAGGAAGCUUGGAGGCCUUCGGAGGGGAUGCAUCCAGAGUAGACUUUGAAACGUCAGACCUGGUGUAUUGCGUCGCUGACCUCCAGAUGUGCAACCAAAAGCUCCAGGAGGAGGUGAGGAAGCUGAAGCUGGUGGCGGAGAGCAUGGAGGAAACCAACCAGAAGCUGGCGGAGGAGAACGAGCAGCUACGCAACCAGGCCAGGGUUAGCCAGCUGCUCGCCCAGAAGGAGAAACUGUUGAAUGAGGAGGUGGAGGAGAUGAAGGCGACUCUGAGCUGUACAGAGGAGGGCAGAGCUCGCGCCUCCGCACACAGCAAACAUGUGGAGAGAGAAAACCAGAGUCUGAUUGUCAAGAUUGCUUCUCUUCAGGAGGAGAACUUCAAGGUCACCAUGGAGACAGACGAGCUCCAGAGGAGGAUAGCCGAGCUGUGUAACAUCAACGCUGACCUUCAGGUGCAAAUCCACUCUUUUGAUACCGUCGUUGGCGAGAAGGAGGCUCUGAUACAUGAGAGAAGCAAACAGAUAGAAGAGCUGAGGGCCGCAGUGGAGGAAUACUCCUCCAUCACACAGCUGCUGAGGGCCAACAAGAACAAGCUGGAGAGCCAGGUUCAGAUGAUGCAUCCCGACCUCGCUGGGGCCAGCCUGUCCCUGUCCGUGGCCUACAGGUUGAACCAGAGCAGCUCAGGAUCCCUACAGACGGAACUGGCUCUGGCUCAGUCGCCACUGGAGGCUCCUCAUGGCGCUGACUAUUUGUCCACGACUAUGACCGUGGCGUCUUCUCUGGAUGAGACGCUGGACAGAGAGGUGUUUCUGAUGCUGCAGGGGCCCAGUCCCGAACAAAUGGCGCUCGAGUUCAAGACACUACUGGACAAACUGAAAAGGGAUUUCAGGGAAGAAUUGGACUCGGUCUUAUCUACGGUUAGAGGCUUGUUGGACGACCACACGCAGCCAAAGGGCAACACGGAGACUGGUCUGCAGACGGUGCAGGCCGAGCUGGAUGCGAGGAGGGCGGACUGGGCCCUCAGCCUGGACCAGCUGGCCCAGUACACAGACUCCCUGGAGAAGGAGCUGAUCAAAAUGGCCAGUAACAUGAGGAGGUCCCGCACUGAGCUCCUCCACCUCUCAGUCAGGGUGCAGGAGCAGGAGAACCAGAAGCGGCAGCUGUGUGAGGAGCUGGAUCAGCUGAAGACGCCUCAGGACAGCAGAGAGGCCUCAUGCCAGACGCCUGUACCAGAGGAAGAGCCUGGAGAUGGAGACCUGGACUGGGACGAGGAGUUCGCCCUUCAAGACUUUUUAAAGAACGAGCUGGCGGAGAAGAACUGCCGGACACAGGAUGGGCAAGCAGAUGGCAGGCCUGAGGAUACAGGGGAUAGAGUGACGGACAGGGGUGAAGAGGAGGAAGGGGACGAGAGGUGGAUGGUGGUGGACACAGUGGUGGAGGGAGAGGUCAGGGACUCGUCGACUCCUCUGUCCUUCCUCUCUGGGGAGACCCGGCCAGGGCACAGCAUGAAGGAGAGCCAAGACACUGCAGCCUGCGCCGAGUCAGAGCCGGAGGUGAACUCUCAAUCUUUGCAGGAAGAGGCAGCAGUGCUAUUAGGCGCCCACUCACAAGCUGUCAGCAUCAGACACCCGGAGGCGGAUGCUCUCCCUGCUCCGUCCCACACGGAGAACAAUGCAGACGUCUCUGAAUCUGCCGAGUGUCCCUCCGAAAACGUGAGCAGCUCCCCUGAACAGGAUCAAACUGUCACACCUGGUCAGACCCCUCCCAGAGCAGCGGAGAUGGUUUCCCCCUACAACACGUCGCCUGGACCAGAGACCGUAACCGCUAAUGAGAGCAGCCAGCCGACCCGUGAGGACCAGGAGAAGAAAGGCGAGGCGGACUCGAGCACCGGAGGCGACAUGAGCUUCGUUCGGAGCCUGAGCCAGGAUCAGCUGACAGACAGAUCGACAGCCGAGGACAGCACAAGCCUACUACCUGUGUUGGUGGAGGAGGAGGAGAGUGUGCCAGAGAGUACAGCCGAGGCUUCACCAGUAGCGGUCAGCAUGGAAGGGACGGACCGGCUCGACUGCACCAACUCAUCCAACAGCAGCUCUCCUCAGUCAGGAGCGGCCCUAACACACGCCACCCAAUCGGGGAGCGGCACGGGCAGCGUGACCUCUGACCUAAGCCAAUCGGAGGACAACGCAGCCAUAAAGGAAUCUGGCAAAAAAAAGAGGGAACUGGAGGUGUCGCGCAGCAUGGAGGCCAUCGAGGAGCAGAAGGUUCUGGAGGACCACAGUGACACCGGCAUGACCGAUGGGAAGAAAAAUGAAAUAUCGCUGACCUCUGACGCCUUGAAAGACGGCAGGAUCAGCCUGUCACCCAAUGACAAAGAGAUUGAGGCGGAGUUCCAGCGUCUGGCGUUGGGCUUCAAGUGCGACAUGUUCACGAUGGAGAAGAGACUCCGGCUGGAGGAGCGCUCACGUGACCUGGCUGAGGAGAACGUCCGCAGAGAGGUGUCCAGCUGCCAGGGGUUACUGCAGGCUUUGACUCCUCUGUGCGAGGAUGACACCCAGUCCAUGGAGAUCAUCCAGAGACUCAAGAAGAACCUGGACAUCCUCAUCCAGUCCAUGACCAGGGUGUCCAGUCGCUCGGAGAUGCUCGGAGCUAUUCACCAGGAGAGUCGUAUUGGAAAGGCCGUGGAGGUGAUGAUCCAGCACGUGGAGAACCUGAGGAGGAUGUACACGAAGGAGCACGCCGAGCUAUUGGAGCUGAGAGAGGCGCUCAUGCAGAACGAGAGGUCGUUCGGAUCACAAACGGAAAGAGACGAUUUCCGUGGCAAGGGUAAGGCGACAUCACAGUACUACAAGCCAUCAACACGCCGGGUCAGCAUAGCAGCGAUGCCUCGCACCGGUGGAAGCAACAUGCACUUUGACAUGUCCAAAACACAAGACGGUUCAGAGGCUGAGACGGAGAGGCUGACCAGGAGAUCCAUGUGGAAUGUGGCAGGGAAGAGCACGGCGCGCCCCCCACUAAAGCGCUUUGUUAGCUCUGCGGCCUGGGUUGACACUGAAGAGCCCGCUCUCAUGAUGAAGGGGACGGCCUGCGACAACACCGACUGGCAGUCGGAGGACGAGCAGCAGCAGCAGAAGGAGGAGCCUGUGGCAGAGAGGAGGAGGUCCAGCCUCAGUGAGCUGGGCAACAUAAUCACCUCCUUCAUUCUGCCCAACAAGACUCCGAGCCCUCCCUCCAGCCCAACGUCCACAGACCCAGGAGUGACCCAGUCCCUGUCCCACAGCCUGACCUCUUCCCGGGAAGCCGCGGCAGCAGCUGUAGCCAGAGGUGGCAGGGGGCUCUGGCUCUGGUUGGCCUUAUUGUUGGUUCUGGCAGGUCUCCUGGCACUGCUGGCCAGUCUGGUGAUGCAGCCGGUGGUAGACGCUGCCCCCGUGGGGACCGGAGACUCCUGGAUGACCAUCCAGCAGCUGCUGUGGCCCUACGCAGGGCUCCGGCACAACGGGCAGCCCCCCGUCUAGCCCCCGAGACCCGAGCUGGAUGGUGCUAUAUCGCCCAUUAGCCUUCAGCAGAGAUUUGCCUGGGCACUGGUGGGCGGUGAAGAAGAAAGGACAGUGCACCACUCCUGAGCCGAGGCCUCCUGGAUGUUUAUCGGUGCCUGGCAUUUUCUAAAACCAAGACUCUUUUUAUUUUGACUGCACUGGCUAGCCCUCAGGGGAAAGUUAACCCUGUGGAGGAUUUUAUACGUCACAUCACGUUUGCUAAACUAGUUAGUCUGUGUGUGUGAAUGUGUGUGUCCGUGUUUUGAGAGAGGGAGCAGAUACACGUGGUGUCUUGAACCGCGAGCUCCUUAAUAUCUCAAACACAUCAUGAUGCAGUUUAACUAUGAGUGCUGCUGGCAACAGUGGACCCAACACUUAAAUCCAAUCAGGCUUGAUCCGUCAUCAGAGCCGACGCAACACUGACCAAUCACGUCACAGCUUAAUCAGAACCUUAGCACUGAUGCAUUAAGUCACAGAAAGGGCAGCAGUGCAGUUUUCCAUUGACAAACAUCAUGGACGAUGGCUUACAUUGUGCCAGUUGGCUUUUUUAAAACACAUUUCAUGCACUUGACAGCACAUAAGUCUGCCAGCCUUUUUAAAUUAAACAUAUUUCAUUCCUUUCAUUUGUAUUCUUUUAAGUCUACAGACACUGGUAAUAAAACUUGUAAGUGUUUUUUUUAUGUGUUUUUGAAAUCUAUAUUUAUGAGUUUGUUAGUUCUGAGUGGGGAAAUGUGAAUAUGUUUUAUUUUUUGUUAAGUUAUGAUUCUGCUUUGUCCUUAACACCAAAGGUUUUGUUUUUUUUAUUUCCUCUUACGUUCUUGCUGUGGUGGUCACCGUUUUCAACUUCGUACACUUUUGUAUGGUCCAAAGAAGAUGCGUGAAACUUUGCACAAAUAAAGUAGCCAAUUCUACAAUUGCU